CAGCAAAUGAGGCUCCCCAUGUCGCUGUAACGCCGCCUUAUCCUGGAGCCUUAGUUAAAUCAGGUACGCCACCCGCUGACCUGUAGUACCGUGGUUGCAAAAGAGCCUUACUCGCUGCUUUUGCUACUGCUGGGGCGUGAUAUAUUCCGGACGGGCCGAGGUACUAGUUGCAUUAACUUUCGUCCCGUUCUUCUUGGUGUUCUUCUAGAAUCUCGUCCUCGUGGGUUCCAAAAGACGACUAUCUCAGCCUCAAGAGACGCACGCUGUGUUCGACAACCGUCUGCCUUGUCAGGAUCCGCGCAAUAUUCUUUGACCUCCUGGAGAAUUUCUUCAAGACAUAUACCGUCUUUCCUGAGCAGUGAGGGGACGUCUUCUAGGACAGGCUGGUCAGGAAACAGACAAGAUCUCUCUGCGUCCUCGAUGGACGGAAAGCAUGCGGCAUGCUAAGCAGCAGCGAGCCUUCAUGACCAGGUCCCCCAACAGCAUAUCAGCAUGAGCUCGCUGCCAGAAGGAGGAAUAUACAGGGCGUAUGGUGGCGAUCGUGCCUUUCACAAUUUCGCCAACGACUACUCUCAUAUCGCCGAUCCGAACUUGAGACGACGGCUGGCAUUAUCUGAGAUCGACAAGGUUCCCUUCAGACCUUAUCACAUCCGAGCUAUACUCGUCGCGGGCGUGGGCUUCUUCCUCGACAGCUAUGACAUCUUCGCCAUCAACCUGAUCACCAUCUUCCUGGGGCUUGCCUUCUGGUCAGGACCUGCAGAGGAUGCCCGCUAUGGGUUCGGUGGGAACGACGGCGUGCUGCCGACGCCUGUGUCGCAGGCGUUGAAGGCAUCUGCAAGCGCGGGCAUUAUUCUCGGGCAGAUCGUGUUUGGAUGGAUGGCUGAUGCAUUUGGGCGUCGGAGGAUGUAUGGGAUUGAGUUGAUUAUCAUUGUGGUCUCGACGUUGCUCUUUGCCAUGGUCAGCCCGAGCCAGUCGAUGAGCUCGACGGCCUUGUUGACCUUUUGGAGGGUCAUGAUGGGUAUUGGAAUUGGUGGCGACUAUCCUCUGUCAUCCGUCAUCAUGAGCGAAUUCGCACCCACAAGAUGGCGAGGCGCCAUGAUGGCAGGUGUCUUCUCCAUGCAGGGCGUCGGCCAACUGGUCGCGGCCAUCGUAGCCCUGAUCGUGACGGCGGCAUUCAAGGGUUCCUUCGCGGGCGUCUCGGAUUUAUCAGAGUGUGACUACAGUUGCCAAACCGCGGCAGAUAGAUGCUGGCGCAUCAUCGUGGGCAUGGGAGCACUUCCUGCGUGCUUUGCCUUGUAUUACAGGCUCACAAUCCCAGAAACACCUAGAUACACUUUCGACGUUGCUCACGACGUCGAGAUGGCCGAUGCUGAUAUCCAGGCCUUUAUGGCGAGCAAGGGCAAAGGGGAGGUGGACAUUGUCAGGCAGGCUCGGCUGAAGAAGCUGUCUGGGCCAUCCCUCUCGGUGCCCGCUGCGUCGUGGCGGGAUCUGACAUCGUACUUUGGACAGUGGAAGAACUUUCGAGUUCUCAUGGGUACCACUCUGUCCUGGUUCUUUCUUGACCUCGCCUUCUACGGCCUCGGGCUCAACAACGCCCUCGUCCUGGCCGCCAUUGGCUACUCCAACGGCGCCUCUCUCUACACCCAGCUCUACAACACCGCCGUGGGCUCCAUCAUCCUCGCCGUCGCGGGGUCCCUCCCAGGCUACUGGGUCGCCAUCUUCUCCAUCGACUCGCUGGGCCGCAAGCCCCUCCAGGUCCUCGGCUUCCUCGUCCUCACCAUCAUCUUCUGCGUCAUCGGCUUCGCCUACCACCGCCUCUCGUCGAGCGCCCUGCUGGCCCUCUACGUCCUGGCCCAGUUCUUCUUCAACCUCGGGCCCAACACAACCACCUUCAUCGUCCCGGGCGAGUGCUUCCCCACCCGGUACCGCGCCACCGCCCACGGCCUCUCCGCCGCCGCAGGGAAAGCCGGCGCCAUCGUCGCCCAGGUCAUCUCCAUCCCCAUGCUCGCAACACGGCAAGACGACUGCUUUGGGCCGCGCUGCAGCAGCAGCAACCCGUGGCUGGGAAGCCUGAUGCGCCUGUUCGCCCUGUUCAUGCUCUGCGGCACCCUCGCCUCCCUGCUCAUCCCCGAGACCAAGGGGCUCACCCUCGAGGAGCUCGCCGGCGAGGACCCCACGAGCUACAACGCAGGCGUCAACGGGAGCAUAGCCCACGUCGACCUGGCCACCGCCCGCAGUAGUAGCAGCAGCCGAGGCCGACGAUGGCUCGGGCCCGCACGCCGCAUGAUGAACCCUUUUCUGGGCGGAAAGCCCGCCGGGUUCGCCUAUCCGCGGACAGCCAGCGCAAGAGGCAGCGGCGGCGGCGGCGGCGGCGGCGGCGGCGGCAUGGUGGAGGAGGACGAGGGCGGGACAGCAUCACAGGAGCGUCACGGCGGGGUCGCGUGGGGGCGCGAGUAGUAGCUCCUCUUGUGGGAGGAGGGCGUUAACCAGCCACGGCGAUGAUGACUAUGAUGAUGACAGUAGAGAAAACCGUGCUGGUCAUGCUGGUGGUGCUGCGCCGGAGUGGCAUGCAGGAUGGGGACGGAUAGAUCGCGGUGCGCCUCCUGAGAAUAUUCGGUUAGAAGAUGUAGGAGGGUUGAUACAACAGAAGUGAUGGAUUAUUCUGUAGACACGCAUACACACGAAUACGCACAAUGCACACAAACACACACAAACACACACACACACACACAUAUAUAUAUAUAAUAUAUAUAUAUGUGUGUGUGUGUGUGUACUUGAAAAGAAAAAGAAAAAAAAAGGCAUAUAGAGGGAAGAAAAGAACAAAAGAACCAAAACAUC